UUGGAGGUUUGCCAAAUGCACGACCUGCUGUCGGAAGGGAUUGCUUUGGUCGAAUGCCUGGAUUCCCGUCGCGAGGCCUUACCAUUGGAUGCCCUCUACUUUCUGGCACCAACCAUGGAAAAUAUGGAUCGGUUGGUGGAGGAGUUGUCGACAAAACCCAAGUAUCGCAGCUCCCACGUCUUCUUUUCACAUCGCCUCGAGGACUUGAUGCUGCAGCGCGUGGCGGAGUCUUACGAGGCCGUAGCUCGAAUCUCGAGCUUUGCAGAGUUGAACGUCAGCAUGCUGUGCUAUGACGAUCGGUCUUUUCAGCUACAGGACCAAGGGGAUGCCCUGAAGCAGCUUCUGGGCAUUGCGCCGCAGGGCUCGGAAGAGGGAAUGGACCUACGGCAGGUUGGCAGUUGCCUGGCCACCUUCUUUGCAAGUAUGGGGCAGGAACCCUUAGUCUUUUGUGCUGGCAAUCGUGGUUGUGAGCGCCUAGCUCGGGAGGUCUGCCAGAGGCUGGAAGAGAUGGAAACACACGGUGCCGCAUGGAGGGACACGACAUCCUCUGAAACCUGUUCUUUGCUCAUCGUGGACCGUAGUUUUGAUUGGGCACCUGUGCUGGUGCAUGACAUGGGCUAUGAGGUUGACUUUAAUAGAAGCGAAGGGGCGUGGCUUAGCACACUGCCCAGCAUUGGCAGCGAAGCUGUUGAUGCUCAGGUUAAUGAAGCGAAUCUGACGGAGCUGGAGGAAGACGCACUGGAAGGUGCCGCGGCAACUGAGGGCCAUGCUGGGCUGCCCAGCCCGGACACAUCGCCACAGCCCAGGCGCUUGGGCAAGUUGCCUGAAUUGAAGUGUGGGAACCCAGGGCCCCACGGGGCACAACUAUUUGGGGGCUGGGUAUCUUGCAACCGCAAGGUCCAACUUUCGCAACUGGGGAAGGUUCGAGCUGCUGAGGCGCCCAAAGAAAGCCCGGUCACGCUGAAGUCCUUGGCGAAGCGAGUCAGUGAUGCAUCACAGCACAGCGGACGAGGCAGUGUCUCGGGUCCACCCAGCACGGCACCAGGUGCUGUAUCUGCUUCCCAGAAGACCGCAAGACAAGGAACAGGUCUGGACGUUCCGCCGCCCAUCUUUGGCCUCAACGGUCAUGGGCAAAAUGGCCUUAGCCGCGCCUCAGCAGUGAAAGACAUCACAGCAGGUGCUCCUCGCACUUCCAAAGCACAGGCGGAGGAGAAUGAUGGCAAUUUCGCGGCCACGUACCCUUCAGCCUUGGCUCGAAAGAUGGCCAACGUCUUGCAGAAGUUGAAGGAUCAGGGAGAGGACGUCUCCAUGAGCACCGCCCUGUCGUCGCGUCGCCCCAAAGAGGGCGCAGAAAGGCCACCGGCCACGGCGCCGGGCGAGAACUGGCGGGAUCCGCUUGGGGAAUCCUUUGCGGAGGUCAAGCUGCCUGGAUUUAAGGGUGCAUGGCCUGCACCCAAAAGUGCUGAGGCUGCUGCACCAGCAAUCUCGGAGUUGGGAGCGUUGCCGCCCAUGGAGGUGUUUUUCGAUGGGAGAGCGGUGGCGCAGCCAGCGCAGGCAGGAUCAGCGCCCUGGGUUCCGAUGCCGUCAGAGGGCAUUCGAGCUGGUGCUGCUCCCGGCACUGGACUGGUGGAGUUAGAGCUCUCGGCCAGGCCCGAAAUGGGACGGUUCCACAGGAUCUUUGACUAA